AUGCCUACUCGCCCUACAACUGGGGGACAAACUCAGAACUCGAUCGAGGGCACGACAAAUCCGCGCAAUCUAGGCGAUCUCUGGAACGUGGCCCUGCAACACCAUGAGGAAGAGACUGGAACAAAGCUGCUCGAGAGCACGAUCGCGAAGGAUUUCCCACUUCACCCUGCCGCCUCCGAAGAAGUCCUCGCGAUCUUUGCUGCACAGGGCCAGUCAUUCGAGGCGUUCCGAGCUCGUGGUAGAAAGGUCUUGCAGGUGCUGAAACCCACUGUACACUUCAUUUGUCUGUUUAUCGAUACUGGUGCUGAGGCCGGCUUGGCCACGGUUCCUGGAGGCAAGGCUAUCUUCGUUGCCAUCGGCGUACUUCUGCAGGCUACAAAAGGAGUGAGCGGCCUCUAUGAUGUCAUCGAGCAUCUCUUCCGAAAAAUAGCAAGCUACCUCAAUCGCGUCCCGAUCUAUUUGAAUUCGUCAACUCAACCAGCCCCUGUUCUGAUGACCAUCCUCGUCAACACAUGUAUCCAGGUACUCGAGGUCCUGGCGAUGACUACGAAGUAUUGCGACUUAAGCACCAAGAGUGUCUGGGGCGCUGUUUCUCGGCGCACAAAGGACUACCUUCGCGAGUUCAUUGGAGGUAGUGAGGUAAAAACAGCGCUCGAAAAGUUGGAGCACCUCACGAAUGCAGAGCUUCUGGCUGCCGUGGCACAGACCAAUACUAUCGCACGAGACGUUCAACUCAAGAUACACUUUGUGGCCAACGAAGCAGUACUCAGGGGUCUCCGCGAGUGGAUUCAGCCGCCCAAUGCGCAGCCACUUAACUGGGAGAAGAAGCGGCAUCUCGACAGCUGUCGGUGGUUCUUUGACGGCAAGUUCGAGAGCUGGAAGACUCAACAGAACGGAGUAUAUUGGAUAUACGGCAAUGCUGGUGCUGGAAAGAGUGUCCUAUGUUCGUCAAUCAUCGAGACACUCAAGGCGGACCCUGCGCUUUCCUUGGUGUACUUCUACUUUGACUUCGGUGAUACUACAAAGCAGGAUUGCCGCGCACUAGCCGCUUCCUUGGUCUUUCAGUUGGCGACCUGUUCCGAAGCAUGCCAGAGCUAUCUUCGACAGCAGCAAACGGCUACAUCUCCGACCUAUGAUGAACUGCUUGUCAUGCUGUCGAGCCUGGUGAAACUUGCCGGACACGUAUACAUCAUAAUCGACGCCCUUGAUGAGUGUCCCGAGCAGGAGCGUGACAAAGGCUCAUCGCGCUUUUUGAAGCAUCUUUGCGAGCUUGACGUCGGCGAGAAGGACUUCCACUUGCUGGUGACUAGUCGCCCUGAAGCUGACAUCUGGGUCCUCCUGUCGUCCGUCACUCAUAUUCUCAGCCUCAAUGAUGAUCAACAACAUCUGGAAGACGUGAGUGCGUACAUAACCUCUCGACUCGAUCGGAACGAAUAUCGCUGGUCGCCCGAUGUCAAAGAAAGGGUAUACGGAGUCCUCAAUGAGAGGUCCAAUGGAAUGUUCUUAUGGGUCGAUCUUCAGCUACUGCGCCUGAAAGGCUGCAUCUCGAUUGCCGACGUCGAGUGCGCUCUGAAUGAGCUGCCUUCCGACCUUCAAACGACAUACACGCGCAUAUUAGAGAGAUCUGAUCCCUCGAAGGCCUCGGUGGAGCGGCGUCGUCGCGUAUUCCAAUGCAUUGCCGCCGCGCGGCGUCCGCUUCGCCUAGCAGAAGUGGUUGCGAUAUAUUGCAUGGAUUACGAGUCUCGUACGCCUCUGGUCCCAAUUGAGGACUUCGAAAACUUCAUACUUGAGAGCUGUCCCGGGCUCCUGAGCAUUGCUGUUGAGAUACGCCGGAAUCGCACCCAGCGCAAAAGCGUACAAUUCAUCCACUUCUCUGCUAAGGAAUACCUCAUGUCUGCCGAGCUUGAGAAUGCUCCGACUCUUGCACAUCACUACGGUUUCGACGACUACUCUGCCAAUGUCACACUGGCAAAGAUCUGCCUAUCAGCACUUGACUUGGAUACCACACUCCCGAACUUAACCGCGUAUGCGAGCAGGUAUUGGACUGAGCACGUAACCUCUCGCAAUGAAGACGAUCUUAGCGACCGUCUCGAAACCUUCCUUCGAACGGGCUCCCCGUCUUUUGCCCGUUGGGUUAGCUCACAUAAUGACGGUCAUACACACGGCGGAGAUACUGCAUUUCAUUGCGCCGCUAGGCUGAAUCUAUGCCAUCAUGUAGAGAAGAUGCUGGCACUGCCCUGGAGCAACUCUUCUUCUACCGAAUCUCUCAUCAUGACUCCCGGCAUGCACGCAGGCUCUGCGCUGCAUGGAGCAGCAGUAUCUGGACAUGUCGAGAUGUGUCGCUUAUUGCUCGGUCACGGAGCCCUCAUCGACGCCACCGACGAAGAGGGAGACACACCGUUGCACGAUGCCGCGGCGAGGGGACACUUAGUAGAUGUCGUCCACAUACUCCUGGAAUAUCCCGCAGUGGAUAGUUCAGAUGCCACCGCCAGAUGUCGGGCUCGCAAUAUGCGCAGGAAGACCCCGCUACACCGGGCCGCAUUUCAUGGAGAAACUGACGUUUGUCGCCUGUUGCUCAGUCAUGGAGCUGUUGUCGAAGAUGUCGACGAGCGGGGAGACACUGCUGUGCAGAUGGCCCUAGAGGGCGAGUAUCUGGAUGUUGCUCGUAUGCUUUUCGAGCAUCGCGCGAAGGGUACACUGCAAGUUCUGCCAUUUGCACGGAAGGCCAGGGAGACCUUGCGCGGGCUCGUCAAGGAGGAUGCCGAUGAGCCAUGGCAGGUCAUUCUUGAGGAAUUCGCGUCUCAGCUCGAGGAUCCGGGAGAUGGGUCAACCUCGGACUAA